AUGUCUCGCCGAGCAAAGGAUACGGCGAGGAUCCUUUCCGACUUUGUCUCUCUCUCCCGCGGACAUCCUUCACCCCGAGCGGCAGCCGCAGCACCUGCACCCUCACUGUGCCUACAAUGCCGCCGUAGUCGAUUCUUCGACGACCACACCAACCCGUCCACUACUCGCUUCAGGGCAGCGGCGGCCAAUCUCGAAGGGUCCCGGCGCACCUUCACCACCUCCUCGGCCCUCCUCAAGAAGUCGUCGUCCUCGUCCAAGUCGUCGCGCAAGUCGCCCGACGUGUCUUCGCCGAAGGUGAAUACCCACAUACCCGACAACGCCGCGACCAAGAACAGAGACAGCGAGGUCGACCCGUACGACUUUUCCGAGCUGAACGCGGGCAUCGCCAACGCCAUCGCGCGGCUGAAGGAUGCGCUCGUCCGCACCCGAGACGCCGGCCGCGUCACGCCGGACAUGAUCGAGUCGCUCCCCGUCGACCUCAACGUCAAGGGCGCCGCGGCACACGGGACCCGGGCGCACCACGAGCGCGCAAAGCUGGGCGACAUAGCCAGCGUGGUGCAAAAGGGCGGGAGGAUGCUUCAGGUUUAUUGUUCCGAGGAAUCUCACGUCAAACCGAUUUCCUCAGCGAUCCAGGCGUCCCAGCACAGUCUCGUGCCUCAACACGACGACAACAACGCCCUCUUGAUCAACGUGCCCGUGCCGCCGGUGACGGCCGAGACGAGGCAGCAGGCUAAAGAGGAGGCGAAGAAGGUCUACGACAAGGCCAGCCAGGCCAUCCGGAACGUCCGCGGCGACCAGCAGAAGAAGUUCCGGAAGAUGGAGCUGGGCAAGAUGGUCAUCGUGGACGAGUUGCGCAAGGCCCACAAGCAGAUGGAGGACGUGGUGAAAAAGGGCCAGGACGAAGCGAAAAAGGUCUACGAGGCCGCUGUCAAGGCUCUGGGAUCAUAA